CAACCCUGGAGUGUCAGCUGAUCCACAUUUAAAAUCUGUUGUCCGUUAAAAACGUUAAAAAACAAUAUGAUUCGUGAUGUGUUUAAAAAAUACUGUUGAAGCAAGUUGAAGAAAUUUAAAAACAAUAAAAAUUAUAAGAAAAAACUUGAGAAAUAAUUGUUUAUUGUUCAAUUGAAAUAUUCUUAAAGAAAAAUUGGUUUUCGUGUAGUAUUUUAAUUCCUCUCAAAGUUUGUUUACUUUUCAAAAUUGGCUGCAUCAAUUUUUUGUGUUUGUUAUUUCUGUAUUUAAUUUAAUUUAAGAUAUUUUCUAGAAAAUUUCGAGUAAUUUAAAAAAAAAUGGAAGAUUUUUUUGAAAAAAGUGAGCAAAAAUUGAAAAUGUUCGAAACAGCGACGUUGGUGAUAAAAAAUCAGCAUUCUUUUAUGUAUAAAGAAGACAUAGAGAAAAAUCUUUUUCAGUCAAAGGAAACUGUAGGAAAUAUGCUCGAGGGAACCAAAUAUUUGAAACUACAUCUCAAAGAAUUAAAAGAAGGAAAUGAGCGUUGUAAGGAAAUGUUAUCGACACUGAAGACUCUCGAAGAAAAAUUGGUGCACAUGGAAAAUAACAUUCCAACGGGUAUAAAAGACUUCUUGAAAUUACAAGAAACCGAGGAGAUUAAAAAUAGUUUUGCAAACCACAAUGAGAAGGAAAAUAUCUCCAUGGUUUCAAAUGGUGAAGUUUUCACUCCAGACGCUCAUUUAACGAUUAAAGACUGCAAAAAAUCAUUGUUUAAAGAAGCUGAAGUGUAUCCAUUAAUCAGUCCAGUCACACAGGAAGAGUUCACGAAAAUUCCAAAAUAUAUAAUCGGACGACAAACUUUGGCAAUGAUUAAUAGUUUAAUUACAACGAUUAAUCAAAUUUUAAAAGCCAAAUACACACUUUUGUCUUUAGGGAAAAAUGGUGCCAGGAAAAAGGGGGAUUUAGAUUCAUAUCUUGAGUACAAGAAACAACAGACUUCGGUCGAAGAAGGAGAAGGCAAAAUUUAUUUUUUUACAGCUGAAGAUUACUUGAAACACACGUCGAGCAAAUUGGAUAAAAUCAAAUUAAAUAUAUUGACUGCUUUGCGUUCCUGUCGAAAGUUACGAGAAAUUAGAAUUGGAAAAUCAUUGUUCUAUAUGGUCGUAACGAAUUAAUUUGUCACGAUUAAUUAAUUAAUUUUUUCAAUUUAUUUUCAAUUUUUUGAUUUCUAAUCUCUGAAAUUAAGGUAAAUUUAAAUUGUACAUAAUAAACGUUUGAAUUUAAUUGUAAGGUAUAGGUAAAUAAUGAAAACAAAAUAAAAAUUAUUAAUU